AUGAAGAACACGCGCAAGAUCUCGCCCGAGCUGCAGUCGACCACCACGCACCGUGCGCUGCACCGGGACAACUCGAGCAACAAAUUCAACACGAGCCGUGCCCUACACCGGGACAAUUCGAUCAACAAUUUCACGACCAUGGCCACGCUCCGACCACCGCCCUUCCACAGGGCCGGCAGCAUGCGCACGCCAACGCAGCGCUGGGGCAUGGCCAUCCUCGAGCGCAAGUCGUACGCGGGUUUGAUGAGCUUCAUCACGCUCUACUGCCUCUUCGCCGACGACUUUCGCGCGGCUUUUUUCAGCAAGAGCGCCGACAUGGGCUUCUACGUCGUCGCGUUCCUCUGCCUCGUCCUCUUCCUCGUCGAAUUUGGCAUCUCGUGUCUGUGCAAACCGGGCUACCUCCUCUCGUUCUACUUUUACCUCGACGUCCUCGCCACCUUCUCGCUUCUGCCCGACAUUGGGUUCAUCUGGAGCCCGCUAACCAACGCCGAUACAGUCUCGAGCGUCUCGAAAGCCGGCUCGACGGCCGGGCGCAUCGUCCGCGUCGUCCGCGUCAUCCGGCUCAUUCGUGUCGUCAAGCUCAUCAAGUGGAAGCACAGCAAGGCGGAAUCGGACUUGGUCAUUGUCGAAAGCAAAACCGGCGGCCGCAUGGCCGAAAUGACCAUCCGCCGCGUCGCUCUGAUCGUGCUCUUCCUCUGCUUUGUGCUCCCGGCCUUUGAUGGCGGCUACAACGAGUCGUUCAACCUCUUCGAGUCGCGCGGCUUUGACUUGAUCCACCAAAUGACGACGACGCCAACAGAUGUGUCCAUGAGCCCGAUCUUUCUCAACACCUUUGGGAGCUGGUUUUACUACACAACCAACGACAUUGUGUACCUCUCGCUCCACAACAUCACUGGCGACAAGUUCGGGCGGCUCUUCACGUCGUUUUCGUUUCCAAGAACGGACAUCUCGACAGCCCAGAUGGCCAAGGUCUUGCCGUCCCAAGCCGCCGUCCUCGACACAUACCGCAUCAGCGAGCUCCGAUCCAUCACAUCCACUGGCUGCUUUGCGGCGUGGAAUGGCUCGGACAUUGUAGCCGACCCCGUGCUCACGUCGAUGUCGUGUCAGUCGGUGGUCUGGUUUGAUAUUUCUGAAAUGGCCAGAGCCACGGCCAUCUCGGGCAUCUACCGCACGAUCUUCAUCCUCGGCAUCCUCGUCGUCUCGUCCAUCUCGUUUGUGCACGUGGCCCGCGUCACGGUGCUGGAUCCGAUCGAGCGCAUGAUGGCGACCGUCAAGGAGCUGUCCGAGAACCCGCUUGGAAAACACACGCACGUCGAACAUGAGGACCAGCGACUCGCCAAGGAGAAGGGCGUCGAGACCGCGGUGCUGGAGGCAACCCUCGAGAAGAUUUCGGGCUUAAUGCAAGUCGGGUUUGGCGCUGCUGGCGGCGACAUCAUUGGCAAGAACAUGGGCGCCGGCGACCUCGACCCCAUGUUGCCGGGGAAGAAGAUCACGUCCAUUUACGGCUUCUGCGACAUUCGCCAGUUUACAGACACGACCGAGUGCCUCCAAGAAGAGGUCAUGGUCUACGUCAACAAGCUCGGUCACAUCAUGCACAGCGGGACGCACCACUACUACGGCAUGGCCAACAAGAACGUCGGCGACGCGUUCCUCUUGAGUUGGAAGAUCUGCGAUGGUGAGUUGCCAGGCUUUGCGCGCUUCAGCGACACGCCGACGGAAGAGGACCGCAAGGUACACCACCUUCCUGCUACACGUUUUGAGACCUCUGGAUCCAACGCGAAGCUCCAUCUAGGCCGUGCGAUCGGAUCACGUUUCAAGAUUGAUGCGACGUACAUCUCGCCGCACGUCGAGAUGGCGGACCGUCUCGAGGCCGGGUCCAAGAUCUUCAAGACGCCCGUCAACAUCAGCCACUGGUUGUACGCGCUGCUGUCUCCGGCGGCGCGCAAGUUUCUGCGCAAGAUGGACCGAAUCCGCAUUCGAGGCGUGGACACGCCGCUGACAGUUUACACGUUUGACGUGACCAACCCCAAACCGGGGUUUGCGACGCCAAAGUUUGAACUCGAUAAACGGGGCAAAGAAGUGCAGGUGCCCGUGGACUUUGAGAACGACCCCGAGUACAAGGAGAUCCGAGAGGGUCUGGACCCCGCCUUUCUCGAAGCAGCCUCCAACGGCGUGGAGCUCUACCUCGAGGGCGACUGGCGCGGCGCCAAAGUGGCGCUCACCCAAGCCCUCGAGCUGCGGCCGGGCGACGGUCCCGUGUCGCACGUCAUGGACUACAUGAAGAGCUUUGACUUCGACUCGCCAAAGAACUGGGAAGGCGUCCGCGAGCUCGACGGCUACUGA